AAACAGCCAUAUCCUUGCAUAUGAACAUUCGAACAUCCCAUUCGUCUCUGAGAACAACUCACAUCCCUUACUAUAUACGUAAGAACAGUGAUCCCAGUCCGUCGCUGUUUUGAGCACACAUAGAGGACCCUACUGUCUGCAACCAUGGGUGGCAGUGACAUGCCCUAUCUGUACCCAAACACCCAAUCCAGUACACGCAUCGCCUACCCCUACUCCGACUACAACCCCAAGUCAGUCACGGAAGCAUCAUAUGAGCGGCUCUCUCAACAGUCGCAGCCGAAGCCGAAGCAGGAGGGUCCGCUCAUUAACUUCAACCAGCACCCGGACAGCUAUGUUCUCUUCUCAGGCGAGCAGAAAGAGUUCAAGCCACUGCCAAAAGGAACGAAAAAGGCAGUGGUGAGCGUCAGAUGGGUACAAUUCGCACUGCGGAUAAUGCAGGAGAUUUGUGCUCUUGGCUUGUUGACAACAACGAUAUGCAUCCGCGGUACAGCGGGCGCAGAGACGUACUUGUUGCGCAUCCCGCAAGCUUGGGAUUCAUUGAUCGGACUGUACGCCAUAUACCACCUCGUUCGCCCAGCAAAGGCUCGCAUGCCCGGAUCGAGCGCCAGCUACCACACCUUCGCGUUGAUCAUGGACACCUCCCUCAUCCCGCUCUACGUCUACAUCGCCUUGCUUGUCAACAACAACCGCCAACUGCCGAUACCACAGUACAGCGCCAGCGGCGAAUUAGUAGAAGGCGACUGGCGUUGGUCAAGCUUCUUCCCUGCGCAAUGGAGUACUGACCUACUGCUGCUGGUUACGUAUAUCGGUGCCACUGUGAUUGGCGGACUGCAUCUAGUCAGUUGUGGAUUGGAUGUCUACCUCAUCAUAGCAUUCCGCCAGAUCGCCAAUUUACCGCCAGAUAUGAACCCUCUGGAAGACAACCUCACAAGCCGCCGCAUCCGCAAACACAAGCACAAGAACAGCGAGCUUACUCUGACAGGCAAUCAGAGCACGUCGGAGGUGGAGACGAAGAAACUGGCCUACCUAAGCGGCAGUACGCUGUCGGUUGGCAAUGCUUCACGUGUGUCCAUUGCAAAGUCCAUCGGCAACGACGACCGCAGCGUGCCAUUUAACAGCAGCAGAACGGGCUCCACGACCAAUCUUGCAUUCUCGCCGCACAAUCCAGAGUCCGCGCGCUGGAGCCGUCAUCAAUACGAAGGUCAGCAAAACGUCUACCAGCAAGCUAUUGCGGAACCGAGACGAUCAAGGUAUGAGGUCCGCCCGGACGGCAAGCUUGAGGUGCGCUCGCGCCGCGGAUCGCAAAGCCCGAGCAAGCGCGAGCCCACGGUUAUGGUGGAGAGCGUAGACAUUACUGCAGCCGAGCGAACCGUAUUCGAGACCCCAUCCAAGCAUAGCGUGUUCGUGGAAUCAGCCGAACUGCAGGACGGAGCGUACCUCGACUCUCCGAGUAUGAUGUCGCGCCAGGCCGCUCGAACUGCCAGCCCCGCCGUUUCGAAUGCGGCCCGGAGCAGAGCAACUACGCGCUCCGAGCAGAAAGAGCAGCUCCUGAACGACAAUUGGUAUGUCUUAGACGCGCCGGACCCGGACGAGAGUGAGCAAGUUCCGCCGCCAAAGCAUCCUGCGCGCAGCCCCCCAGCUCACUACGGUCGCCACGGCUACAAGCCGGUUUACGAUCGGCACGACUCUUUCGAGCCCGCAGGCUUUGCAGACCAGAGAACGCUGAUGCCGCUGGGAAUGCAUCCACCUACUCCGCCAAUGCCGGAAGACGAGUACUCGGAUCCGCUCUUCGAGCAGAGUGCGGGCGUCAAACGCAGUCUCACCGCUGCAAGCAAAGAUACGAACUCCUCCUCCGUGUACAGCGAGUCGGCGCCUUCGCUCAAGUCCAGUGCUGGCCAUGCACGAUCCGAUACGCCGAAGAGCAAGUACUAUGGCGACCUGGCCGCGGCUCAGCGCGGGAUCCGCAACGGAGGUGCGGGUGGAUAUGGCUUGCCACCGUCACCGCAGCUUUCCAGGACGCCAAGUCCGGAGAAGCAGGCACGUGUGAUUAGCAGGACGGGCGCGGACAUCGCUGACGAAAGCGUGUUGUAUGUGUCUGAAGGCAGGCACGGUAUGCGGUCACGACGUGAUGUUAGCGGCAAAGUGGCGGAGGAGGGCAGAGGUAGCUGGGGGCGGAGAGCCUAGGAAUCUUUCCGAACACUGGCAAGAACGUAACAGAGCCGUGAAGGGAGCGCUGGAGGUAAUGGGGCGUAGAAGGUUGGGGUCGGGUCAGCAGUACGCCUGCGGCCGAUUUACAACGAUGCGACCGCGGGAGGCGUUUCGGGUACAUGAUAAUGCGUACAUAGCGUGUAUAAGUAUAGAGAAUAUAUAGUGUCAAUGCAUCUAUACGUGCCGUCGAGA